AGAUCAGUGAGUGACUGAGUGAAAUGACUUAUCCCUAAUACGUACCUUUCAGAGAGGGGACCGGAUCAGGUGAAAGACAUGGCUGCAUUUGAUGUUGUCUCAUCACCUGGGGUGUGUUCAGUUCGCCUCAACGGUUGCUACGUUGUAUGAUGGUUUGUACUGCAUGACAAGUUUUCCCAAAAUGGUGCGCACCGUUCUUUAACAACCUUUGAAGCUACGUUUGGUGGUUGUGACGAGGUGUGGCCUGAUCAAUACGGGUCUGAAAUGGAAGUGAAUAAGGGAGAAUUAUCGAAGGUGGCAUGUGCAGUGAAGUUCAUAUGUGGUUUCAGGGUGGGUGAAAACAAAGUUGGGUGCAGUGGAAUCGGUGAAGGUAACCUGAAGUGGUCUUGUGAUAAUUGUUUGUGUUUCUGCCGGUCAGAGGGAGCGGGCGCUUCACGCCACACUCAUUGGGAAGGUAGCUGUGACUGGUUUUGCUCUCAAGAAAAGGGCACCAUUGAAAGGAGUGACUACUGGGGUAGUGGUAAAUGUGAAAGUGGACCAGCUGAAGGGAAAGAUUCCCAGAGUUUGUGAUGCUUGUCGUUUGGUGCGAUGCAAACAUUGUGGUGUGAAUGUAAAAAUAGAAGUCAUGGUCUGUUCUUUUGAGUUUUGAUGUUAAGUAUUUGCCUGACAAAGUGAUGUUAGGAAAUGUCAGUUAUCCCGUGCGAGCCUUUGUGCAGAAUCCAUUACGUUGUUACAGGUGUCAAGCUUAUGAGCAUCUGACAGCAGUGUGUAGGUGUGAGAAGUAUGCAGAAGGACAUAACACAAAGGAAUGAGUUUUAUUGGGGAAAGAAGUGGUAUGUGUUCAUUGUAUGGGUGCCUAUGGGGCUGGGGAUCCGAAGUGUCUGGUGAGAGGCAGGUUGAGGUUACCAGGGUUAGAGUAGUGUUGAGGAAGAUCGUGAGAAGAUUUGCUUUUUAGCGCUCAUCAAUGGACCGCAGAGAUGGAACUUACGUUACAGAAAAUAGAAGUUGUGGUGGCAGCUGCAGAGAAGUAUUUAGGUGUACGAGAUUUGACGUCAGAGUUAGGGUGUGUUGAGUGGUGGUGUCCAAACCUCCCAGGCCAUUGGCCUGAGGUUGGACCAGAUAGGUUUGAAUAGGGUGGUGGGUUUUUAAUGUGUAGGGUUAGAUGGCAGGGCAUUUAAAAAAAUGUAUUUUCCACUCAAAGUAUAAGGGAUUUAUACCCUAGUCUAGUUGGUGGCGGUAAUGCAACAUUUAUUGGAUGCCAGCCGCCGUUAAACCUCAACAAAGAAGAAGCUACGUCACAUCCUUUUUCACCAUGGCGGCUGAUUUAACUCCGAGGUUUAGACGAUUGAACAGUCAAACACGGAGCCUUCGUGAAAAUGUUCAACCAGGAUUCUCUGGGCCCUUCCACGCUACACAGCUGUGGCACAACAUCAUCCAGGCGCUGCAUACACAGGUGGAGGUGCGACGGCGGCGGCGCCACCUGUGUGUGCACCCUGACUGCUUCACAGGCUCUGACGCAGUAGACGCUGUGCUCAGCUACCUGAUGCAGAACGUCUUCUUCUGUGCCAGCGAGGUGUCACGUCUCAAGGCCGCCAGGCUCUGCCAGGCGCUCAUGGAGGCCAAGGUGUUUGAGGCGGUGGGGACCAAGCUGUUCCGCCGGGACAAGGAGGCCACUUUCGAAGACACGGGCUGCAGCCUCUACCGUUUCCAGGACUGCAGCUCGCUGCCUGGCUCAGCCAGGAAGGCUGGGAAGAGUGGGGACACCGAGAACAUGGCCCCUGAGGACUUAGUGAGGAAGAGGAAGAAAGGCUCUAGACUGAGUGAGCUGAGGACCAUCUCCAAUCCCCUCGCGCUGGGCCCCUCAGACCGGAGGGUAGAGAGGCUGCUGAAGAUCAUCAACCUGCAGCCCUCCCUCCCUAAAUCCAUUACCAAAGCCCCCACCACCAUCUUCCUUUCAAAGACAGUGGUGGAGGAGGUCUGGAAGCAGCAGACGUUGCUUCAGCUGCUGCAGACGGUGGAGCUACCUGUGCUGGACUGUAUCCUGGCGACUCCGACCCGGGGGGCCCAGCCCCACCCCCAGGCUGCCGCCCUGCAGCUGCUGCAGAGCCACCACCAGGACCUGGUCAUCUCCAACACCUGCCUGGACCGUGAGCUGCCCCAGACCCUCAACCUUCCCGAGCUGGACGCAUGGCUGGUGGCAGCCGCUGACUGCCUGGAGCUCUUCCCUGACCAGCUGAUCGUGUUGGCGGGGGAGCACCUCCUCCAGCAGGGCAGUACCACAGAGGGGGCAGAGAGGCUGGCCGGCCAGAAGAAACUGCUGUUUGACACCAUGGCCAAACACUAUGGAGGCCAGGAGAGGUCCCCGCUGCUCACCGGACGCUACCUGGACAUCCACACGGCCAUACUGGACCUGCUGGGUGAGACUGGCUGGUUGAGGAAUUAUGGUGGGGGGUUGUGUGAUAUAACCCCCACAUCGCUGAUUGAUGCUGUGAGGAGAACACUGCAAAUCCUGCAGCAAGGAAGAGAUCCAAACAACAUUGCGAUGUUUACGUUCUGCCAGCAGGUGUCGCUGCAGCAGUACCAGGAUCAGUGCGAGGCGGCCACCCUGGAGAGCCUGAAGCAGCUGAUCAGGGACAUCAGCCUGAGCAAGGCCCUGUCUGUCAAGGAGAGGAGGAGGCUGGUCAAGGAGUUCCAGAAGCACCAUCCCAUAGUCUUUCCUCCACUUUCUAGGGGGAAAGGGAAUAGGCAUGUUUGA